AGCUUAAACAGACACGGGGCUCAGGAUAUCCAAUCAGAAGCUGGGAUUCGGAAGCGGGCGUGGCUUUUCCCCGUCACCAGUGCAAGUCGACGCCAUUUCGUGUCCACUGGUUUCAAGGUUGAGCCAGCAGAGCUGUAAGCGGAUCUUUACCCGUGCAAGUAGAAAGAGCGUUGAAUUGUUCUCAUUUUUAGUGUUAAACUCCUGUUUUUGAAGCCACUUUUUUCAGCAGCAGCAAAUCACACAGACAGGCAGACCUCCACCGACCUGAAUACAGACACAAUGGAUUGGUCAUCGUCCUCCUCUUCCAGCCUGAUGGCCAGCAGCAACGUGACCAACAAGACCGACCCCCACUCCCUCAACUCCCGCGUCUUCAUCGGCAACCUCAACACCCUGCUGGUCACCAAGGCUGAUGUGGAGGCGAUCUUCUCCAAGUACGGCAAGAUCGUCGGUUGCUCCGUCCACAAGGGCUACGCCUUCGUCCAGUACUCCAACGAGAGGAACGCCAGGGCCGCCGUGGCCGGGGAGGACGGCCGCAUGAUCGUUGGACAGGUGCUAGACAUCAAUCUGGCAGGUGAGCCGAAACCUCAUAGAUCGAAGACAGUGAAGCGAUCUGCAGGAGACAUGUACAGGUUUGUGCAUGCUGCAUGCUCUCAGUCACAGUGCAGCAGCUUUAGCACAUGUUGCUGGCUAAUCUUUCUAUUCUGUCCCCUCUUUAUCUGCAGUUCAUCUUUUGAUUUGGACUACGACUUCCAAAGAGAUUACUAUGACAGAAUGUACUCCUACCAGUCCAGGGUGCCUCCUCCCCCUCCCCCUCUGUCCCGCGCUGUCAUCCCCUCCAAACGUCCCAGGGUGAGCCUGAGCAGCGGAGGGAGCCGACGAACCAAGACCAGCUUCUCCUCCUCCUCCUCCAAGAGCAGCCAGAGAACUUCACGUACAAUGAAGGCAGAUGAUCUACAGACCAUAAAAAGGGAGCUUACACAGAUCAAACACAAGGUGGACUACUUGUUGGAGAGCUUAGAGCGCAUGGAGAAGGACCACAGCAAGAAAUCAGAGAUGAAAAGCUCCAAACCUGAGCCAGGUGAAGUGUCUCCUCUCCACUCAUCUACCUCCAGCAAAAAGGAAGACAGUCUGAAGAGGGGCAAAGAGAGCCGGGAGCUGAAUGACUCAGAGGAGGAGGGAGACUUGCUGGAAGAUGAAGAUGAGACGAAAAGCAGAGGGAGAGACUACGAUGAUGAUGACGAAGAUAUGAGAAGUACUUGUUUCAGAAUUUUCUUUCAAGUUGGGAAGGUAAAUAUACUCUUUUUUUAUUUGACUUCUUAUAUGAACAUGUUUCUGCUUCUUUCAGAAAAAACAGCAAACUCAGCUGAGCUUAACUGUAACUUUUAUGUGUUUGAACGAUUUGUCACAACGGAUUGAAGAACUGAUUGAAAAAUCGAGUCCCUUACCAGCUAUUAGCUAGCUAGCUCAAGUGCAAAGGUUUGAACUAGAGUGUAGUCUUUAAUGUGAGCUCCUGCUAGAAGUUUAAACAUUUAAAAUGUACUGCUGAUCCAGCUGCUGCACAGCUGCCUCCUAACCAGCAGGUGGCAGUGUGUCCCAACAAGUGGCCCACACAAAGGCCACAAGGAUUACUUCUUUUGUUCUCAGAAAAUCUUGGACUUCUGCUUAUCGGAUAAUGCCACAAGCAUGCGCGACCGCUCGUUUGUGGCCACGCAGAUCCUCACUGGUCCUGAAAUAGUUUUGUGUGCUGCGGAGGUGUGCUGACCUUUACUGACCUUGACUUGUGUGAUGAAGUGAUGCUGCAUGUUAGUUUGUGUCCGUUUCUCUUCUGUUUCCUGUUUCAUCCGACUGCACUGGUAAAAGUGAAUAAACAUGUUUUCCAAUGUGGAGCCUCUGUGAGUCU